CCGCUGCCGCUCCCUCUACAUUUGCUCUAGAUGCCGAUGCAGUCGUCUACUUGAACCCUUCGUUCCUCCUCCUCCCUCUCUCCUUUCCCCAACAGCAGUUCAAUUGCAGUAAUGGCUUCCGUCACCACUGCUGGAGAGGCUGUGGCCCGCAUCGCUCACCUCGCUAGUGAUGUGAUCAUUUCUGUCCAGCCUUCUCUUGCCACCUCUUCCCAGUUCUCGGACACUCUUCGCCAGCUCGAGGCGAACAAAGCCCCUAGUAUUGUUGCAAAGCAGCAACCCGAGGUGCUUGCUGUUCAAGAGAAUGCAGACCCCCUGCUCUCGUGCUUCACCCCCAUACGUGCUGGCAAACUCACCUCCGUCACCACGUCCUCGUCCAUUCUCGUCAAAUCCAUACCUCAUCUCUACAAACUCGCACAAUACCCCGUCGUUCUCCACGUUUCAGUGCAACCCGCUGGGUUCCCCGACUUUUCCGCCAUCACAUCCAUCAGGCAGUGUGGAUUUACAUUCCUUCAAUCAGAGUCCUUGCAACAGGCCCAGGAUAUAGCAUUGACGUCUCAUGCUUUGGCCGUCAAGUCUGGCAAGGGUGUUAUUCAUUUCUUCGACCCCAGUGCCGUCUCCUUUGAGAAGGAAGUUGCACAAGAGGAUCAGGAACUCGUCCGAAAUGUCAUAGACCUUGAUGCCGCUGCCGCUUUCCAGAAGACGACAUCGGACGAAACCUCCUUAUACGCAGACGAUGGCCGUAGUGCAAUCAUCUCACUAGCGCGCAGCCAAGUGGGUGUGGCCUCUGGUGCCCCCGCUGUAGCUUCACCACCAAUUGGCAACGCAGGAACUCUGUCCCUCCCGGACAGGACCAGCACAAGGGAUAACUCGACAUCGAGUUCCUCGAGACGCGAGUCAAGCACAGCAAGUGGCCAAUCUGCAUCUUCGGUCACGACUGUUGAGUCUCUGGCAACCAAGCCCGUCUCAUCCGAAGACAUUUAUCGGUUUGCCUCACAGAUCUGGGCCGACAUCAAAGAAGCAACGGGUCGCUCUUACGAUGCUUUCGAGUAUACCGGCCCUGCAAAAGCUGAUGCCGCUCUAUUCAUGUUUGGCGCUGACACGGCUCUGUUCGCCAGAGAGAUUGACAACGUUGAAGAAUCCGAAACCUACGCCAACGCGGGUAUUAUUACCGCGAGGAUGUACCGUCCAUGGUUGGGCGCUUCACUUGCUCCUCUACUUCCAUCUUCCAUCAAACGGAUAGCCGUUGUCGAGCAAGUUCGUCGAAAGACAACUAAGUGGGGGCCACUCCUGUUGGACCUGCUGAUGUCCCUCAAAUCAAGCGGUGGUAACUCGCCGAUGAUUGUUGGUUACCAGUUGGGCCAUAUCGACGAGAAGACUGUGACACAGGCAUUGCGAGGUGUUUUCCAGAACCUGACCAGUGAAUCGCCUGUACAGAAUUUACAGGUUGGAAACAUGGACGGACCACAGGCGCAAGAUGUGAAGCUUGAGAAGCCGGCUCUGGAAAACGCGUAUGUGAAGAUCUUGGACCAAGUCUUUGGCGACAAACUUCUCAUCGCAAAUCAGUUAGGUCAACAGCAUGCGGGUGUCUCCACUCAGAUCUCCUCCAGCCCGGAAUAUGGAUUCGGAUCGCUCAUCGCUCGCAAAGAUCACCGCAACCGUUUCGUCGAGCAAGCCCGAGCAGCAUCCAAAAGCAAUGACUUUGUCACCAAGGCACCUCUCGAGUGGCUAGCCAAGUGGGCACUUGAUGCUAAGGAUGCCCAAAAAGCUAACUUGCUGGCGCCUGAGGUCAUUUCUCGGUUGAGCAACGACGGGUCUUCUGCUGCAAAUGAACUUUUGAGCUCCAAGAAGUUGUUCUUCAAGGAGUCGCCUUGGCUCAUUGGAUCCGACGCAUGGGCCUAUGACCUGGGCAACUCUGGUGUUCAUCACGUUCUAGCUUCUGGUGAGAACGUCAAUAUGCUCAUCAUCGACUCUCAGCCAUAUUCUGAGCGCGCUGCUGCGGAUGCUGCGAGACGCAAGAAGGAUAUCGGUCUUUAUGCAAUGAACUUUGGCAACGCAUACGUCGCUUCCGUCGCCGUGUAUAGCUCAUACACUCAAGUCCUUGAGGCCAUGAUCGAGGCUGACAAGUUCGACGGUCCUUCCGUGGUUCUUGCAUAUCUCCCGUAUGAGAAGGAGACAGACUCCCCUCUUACGGUUCUACAGGAGACGAAGAAGGCGGUUGAUGUUGGCUACUGGCCAUUGUACCGAUGGGACCCGCGAGGCGAUGAGAAGGGCGAACCCAACUUCCAGCUCGAUUCUCAACGUAUCAAGGCUGAGCUGGAAGAGUUCCUCAAACGCGACAACUACAUGUCCCAGCUCAUGAAGAGGCACCCGGAAUUUUCUGCCAAUCUUUCUGGGUCCUACGGUACUGAGGUCAGGCAACUCCAGAAGAGGAAUGCCAAGGAUGCUUACAGCAAACUUCUGGAAGGCCUUGCUGGUGACCCAAUGACUGUCCUCUUCGCUUCAGAUAAUGGAAACGCCGAGAAUCUCGCAAAGCGCCUGGCGCGACGUGGUAAAGCUCGCGGUCUGAAGACUAUCUGCAUGGCUAUGGAUGACUAUCCGCUCGAGGAUCUUUCCGGAGAACAAAACGUCAUUCUUCUUACUAGUGUAGCCGGCCAAGGGGAGUUCCCUCAAAAUGGCAGAACAUUCUGGGAGACCGUAAAGGACUCUACUGACCUAGACCUUGCCACCGUCAACUUUGCUGUAUUCGGCCUUGGUGACAGUCAUUAUUGGCCACGUAAGGAAGACAAGAUCUACUACAACAAGCCCGGUAAAGACCUUCACACACGACUUGUGACUCUCGGUGGCAAGGCGCUGGUAGAUGUUGGUCUUGGAGACGAUCAGGAUCCCGACUCAUACCAGACAGCUUAUGCUGAUUGGGAGCCCAAGCUAUGGCAAGCACUUGGCGUGGACAAUGUCGAAGGCCUUCCUGACGAGCCACCACCAAUCACAAAUGAAGACAUCAAGAUUGCAUCCAACUAUCUCCGUGGUACUAUCGAAGAGGGUUUGGCAGAUACUUCCACUGCAGCCAUUUCAGCCAGCGAUCAACAGCUCACCAAGUUCCACGGAACCUACAUGCAAGACGACCGUGACCUACGGGAUGAGCGCAAAGCCCAGGGACUUGAGCCUGCUUACUCAUUUAUGAUUCGAUGCAGACUACCAGGUGGUGUUGCUACCCCAAAGCAAUGGCUCCAGAUGGACGAGAUCAGCACCACACUCGGAAACCAGACAAUGAAGCUCACGACUCGUCAAACAUUCCAGUUUCAUGGUGUCGUCAAGGGCAAGCUCAAGCCCGCCAUGCAGGGUAUCAACAAAGCUCUCAUGACCACCAUUGCUGCCUGUGGUGAUAUCAAUCGAAAUGUCAUGUGCAGCUCUCUUCCUGAACACUCUAGCUUCCACAAGGAAGUUCAUGCUGUGUCUCAAAAGAUCAGCGAUCACCUACUUCCAUCCACAUCAGCCUAUCACGAAAUCUGGCUAGAAGACGACGAAACCAAAGAGAAGCGCAAGGUCGCCGGUGAAGCUGUGCAAGACCACGAGCCUUUGUAUGGACCCACCUAUCUGCCCCGUAAAUUCAAAAUCACCAUCGCUAUUCCACCACAUAAUGACACCGAUGUCUACGCACAUGACGUCGGACUCAUCGCGAUCAAGGGCAAGAACGGCCAUCUUCAAGGAUUCAAUAUUCUAGCCGGUGGCGGUAUGGGUGUGACCCAUAAUAACAAGAAGACAUACCCACGCACUGGCAGCAUGUUUGGUUAUGUCGCCGCCGAUCAAGCACACAUUGUGUGUGAGAAGAUCAUGCUUGUUCAACGUGAUAAUGGUGACCGCAAGAACCGCAAGCACGCCCGACUCAAGUAUACCAUUGACGACAUGGGCAUCGAUGUGUUCCGGGGCAAGGUAGAAGAGCUUUGGGGUCAGCACUUCGCAGAUCCCGCGGUCUUCAAGUUUGACUCGAACAUUGAUACAUUUGGCUGGCAAAAGGAUGAAAGUGGGCUCAACCACUUCACCUUCUUCAUCGAAAAUGGACGUAUCGAGGAUACGGCAGACUUCCCUAUGAAGACGGGUCUAGUGGAGCUUUCCAAAAUUCUCAAAGACAAAGCUGAAUAUCGCCUUACCGGUAACCAGCACUUGAUUCUUUCCAACGUCGCGGACGAAGACCUACCCGCUGUCAAGGAGCUUCUGAAAAAGUACAAGCUUGACAACACCGAGUUCUCUGCCAUGCGUCUUUCCAGCUCUGCUUGCGUUGCUUUCCCCACCUGCGGCCUCGCCAUGGCAGAAUCGGAACGGUACCUGCCCGAGCUCAUCACCAAACUUGAAGGCACCCUCGAGGAAGCCGGGUUACGCCAGGAUAGCAUCGUGAUGCGCAUGACAGGCUGUCCCAAUGGUUGUGCGCGUCCUUGGCUCGCAGAAGUAGCGUUCGUCGGUAAAGCGUACGGUGCUUACAACAUGUACCUAGGCGGCGGAUACCAUGGCCAGCGCCUGAACAAGCUGUACCGAAGCUCGAUCAAGGAAGACGAGAUUCUGGAUAUCAUGCGCGGUUUGAUCAAACACUAUGCUAAGGACCGCCAAGAAGGCGAGCAUUUUGGUGACUUCGUCAUUCGUGCCGGAUACAUCAAUGAGACGACUCACGGAACCAACUUCCACGACAAUACUGCGGAAGACGAAUCCGAUGAGGAGUAA